AUGAGAAAACCACAUAGGAGAGGAGCGAUGGCGAUGGAGAAGUCGAGCUCAAAGUACAGAACACAGUUCUGGUACGUGGCGAUUGCCUCUUUCCUCCUCUGGCUUUUCUUGCUUUACCUUUUCAAUUCCUCCGCAAAAACCGUUCAUAGCCACGAGAGAUUGUUCCGACAAGAAAACGUCAUCGAUCUUGUCCCGGAACACCACGAAUCCGACCAGCCUGUUGUCUCCGGCGUCGAUAACAAAACUCUUCCUGUUCCCGGCGAUGAUUCUUCUCCCGAGGAUCGGAUUUCUGAAGACGCAAAGGUUGUGAAUGAUCUCGUUGAGGAACUGGAGAAGGAAAAGGUCGAGAGCGAGAAGAAGAGAGGUGGUUCGGUUUUGAGUGGUCGGUCCACGAGGGCAAGGAGAGGACAUCGGGAACCAAGAAAGUCGAGAUCUUCGAGUAGAGCUGAGGAGGAGAAGAAAAGGGUUCGUUCUAAUGCUGAUGAUGUUGAGAGAAAUGUAGAUAAUAGUGAUCAAUCAUUCGACAAAGAACCGAGCUUUCUCGAGGCAAAGAAAGAGCGAGUUGAUGAUGAUAACAAUGAUUUGGAGAGCAAAGGAGGAAAUGAAUUGCCUAAUGAUUGGUCUAAUAAUGAUCUUGAAGGUGAUAACACCUCGGAAACAGUACCGGAACAAAAGAUUCAGAGCAAUUUGGCAUUGAAUAAUAGUACUUCAGAGGCAAGAAACAGACUAAUCUCGAAGAGAAACCAACCUAGGAGAGUCCGAAACGUUAUAGUAAGGCCAAAAACGAGACGCAACGAUCCAUGUGCAGGAAAAUACGUGUAUAUGCACGAAGUUCCAGCUUUGUUCAACGAAGAGCUUCUCAAGAAUUGCUGGACAUUGAGUAAGUGGACUGAUAUGUGCGAGUUAACAUCGAAUUUCGGUUUAGGCCCUCGCCUACCAAACAUGGAGGGAGUUUCUGGUUGGUUUGCCACAAACCAAUUCACAUUGGAAGUGAUAUUUCACAACAGGAUGAAACAGUACAAGUGCUUGACUAAAGACUCUUCUCUAGCUUCUGCGGUUUAUGUUCCUUACUAUCCCGGUUUAGACUUGAUGCGGUUUUUGUGGGGACCGUUCCCUUUCAUGAGGGAUGCAGCUGCGCUUGAUCUGAUGAAGUGGCUGAGGGAGAGACCGGAGUGGAAGAGAAUGGACGGUCGAGAUCAUUUCAUGGUCGCUGGUCGCACCACUUGGGACUUUAUGCGUACACCAGAGAAUGAAUCCGAUUGGGGAAACAGGUUAAUGAUCUUACCAGAAAUAAGAAAUAUGACGAUGUUACUAAUCGAAUCAAGCCCAUGGAACUACCACGGAUUCGCAGUUCCUUACCCGACCUAUUUCCACCCUUCAACAAACGCAGAGAUCCUCCAAUGGCAGAACCGAAUGAGAAGAAUCAAACGUCGUUACUUAUUCUCCUUUGUAGGUGCACCACGUCCAAACCUAGGUGACAGCAUCAGAUCAGAGAUCAUGGACCAAUGCAAAGCUUCCAGAAGAAAAUGCAAGCUUCUUGAAUGCGUCUCUGGCUCUCAAAAAUGUUACAAACCCGACCAGAUCAUGAAGUUCUUCUUGAGCUCAACGUUCUGUCUCCAACCUCCUGGUGACUCCUACACGCGCCGCUCAACUUUUGACUCGAUACUAGCAGGUUGCAUACCGGUUUUCUUCCAUCCCGGUUCAGCUUACGCGCAGUACAUUUGGCAUUUACCUAAAGAUAUCUCGAAAUAUUCUGUUUUUAUACCGGGGAAGAAUGUUAAAGAAGGUAAAGCGAGUAUAGAGAAGAUUUUGAGUAGGAUUCCGAGAGGGAAAGUUGUUGCGAUGAGAGAAGAAGUGAUAAGAUUGAUUCCGAGGCUGAUGUAUUUUAAUCCGUCUGGUAAGAGAGGAGAUGUGGGAAGGUUUGAAGAUGCGUUUGAUGUGGCUGUGGAAGGAGUGUUGCAGAGAGUGGAAGGGUUAAGGAAGAAGAUUGAGGAAGGGAAUGAGGAGAUUUUUGAUUUUCCUGAGCAGUUUUCUUGGAAAUAUAAUGUGUUUGGGAAUGUUGAGAGGCAUGAGUGGGAUUCUUACUUUGAUAGGCCAUGAUGGAUUGAUAUUAGAUUUUGUGUUUUGUUGUGUGUGUUUGUUUUUUUUUUUGUUUAAAAUUAUUUGGGAGA